ACGCGGAUGGCGAGAAUGGAACUGUACUGAACACCUCCGCGGUCCUAGCCACCGAGACCGUGCCCGACUCCGAUGACGAGGACGAGUUUAACCAUGCUCUUGCUGCAACCAUGGCGUCUGGCUUGGGCAAUGCGGCGGGUCUUGGUAUGAUGUUCUGGGGGUCGCGGGUGCUGGCGUCGAUGUGGAGCAAGCGGGCGCCGGUGGAUCUCGCGCGCCACCUGGUCCACCACCUGGAUGCUUCGAGGAGGUGCUGGCGCGGGGUGGUGUCGUCGAUGGCGUCGGCGAGACUCCCGCGGUGGCCGCCGUGCCUGAUGCAGAUGACCGAGCUGGCCCUGCUCUGGUUCUCGGCGAUGGUGAAGCAGAUGAUGUGGAUUCUGACGGUGAUAUGCUUUCUUCUGGGCUCGGCGCGGCUCCUGCUCAACAGCCUCCAUCAGCUAAUCCAGUUCGGCAAGGGUGUGAGUUGGGUCCCGCUGCUGCUGGCACUGGGCUUGCGGGGAGGUUGGAUGGUGACGGCGUGGGAAGCCUCUGCUCAGCAACGUGUGCUUCGCCCCCUGGCACGUCGUCGGCUGCACCUCGCCAAGCUGAUGGGGGUAACCGUGGAGACGCUUCACGAGGUGAUGGAGGACCAGACCAAGCAGUUCAGCAACCUGGACUCGACGCUGGGGAUGAUCUCCCGCCUGCUGAU